AUGACUAGUAGAACUAGCAAUGUGUGGAAGUUUUUCAUUAAAGACAGUGAUAAAACUGCAACAUGUUCAAUAUGCCAAAAAAAGAUAAAAACAUCAGGUAACACAUCUAAUUUGAACGGCCAUUUAAAAAGGAAACACCAAAAUACUUUGGCUAAUAUUGUUAAUAAGGAUAAUCUGGAUAAUCCUGAACCUGAGGCAUCGACUUCUAAUAUCCCUGAUGUACCUAGUACACCUGGUACUAGUGAAAAAACUAAGGACAAUCAUGUAUCAAAUGAAAUGUUUAUGGGCAAAUUUAAUCGUCAAAAAACAAUUGCUGAAACGUUUGGUAUUAUGACAAGUUUCAAAGAAGGUGGAGUAAAAUCAGAUAAACUUAUUCAUGCUAUAAUGUAUAUGAUUUGUAAGGACAACCAGCCUAUAAGCAUUGUUGAGGAUGAGGGAUUCAAGUACUUAAUGAAAACAGUAUCACCACAUUUUAAAAUAUUUAGUCGAAGAUACCUUUCCAGCAAAAUUUAUGAGAAAUAUGAUAUUAUGAAGGAGAUUGUUAUGACAAAAUUAAAAAAUAUUCAACAUUUUACACUUACAACAGACAUUUGGACUGACAUUCAAACCAGGAGUUACAUUGGUGUUACUAUUCAUUUUGUUGAAGAUUAUACACUAAAUUCUGCUUUGUUAGGAGUUUAUGAAUUAGAUGAAAGGCAUACAGGUAAAUACAUAGCAACCAAAUUACUUGAAGUAUGUAAAGAAUGGAACAUUUCCAAACAAAAUAUAAUUGCUGUGGUAACUGAUGGAGCAGCUAAUAUGUUGAAAGCGAUUGAUUUAUCAUAUGGAAAAAAACGCCAUAUAUUAUGUUUUGCGCACACGUUAAAUCUUGUUGCACAACAUGCCAUUUCAAGUGUCCCUGAACUCACAAAUUUAAUUUCAGAUGUAAAAAACAUUGUGAGAUGGUUUAAACAAAGUGUUGUAGCAAGUGAUGAAUUAAGGAAAGCGACCAAAGGUGAGGGAAAAUUACUCCAAGAAGUACCUACAAGAUGGAAUAGUACUUUUUACAUGCUUGAACAUUUCAUUAGUUUAAGCAACAUAGUUAAUGAUAUUGUGCAUAGACACAUUGCAGCUCCACCUAUUAUUUCAGCCAAAAAAAUUAAAGAUAUUUCUGAAAUAAUCGACAUUUUAAGACCAAUAGAAGCAGCUAACAAACAACUUUGUGGCCAAAAAUUUGUGACAACCAGUAUGGUUACUCCCAUGAUCUACAUGAUGACAAAAAACAUAAACGAAUUUAAACCUACACAGGAGAUAGGUACUCAGCUUAAAGCAGGAAUUUUGUACAACUGUGAACAGAGAUUUUGUGAAGUGGAGGAUGUUGCUCUUUUAGAUCCAUUAGCUUUAUCUAACAUGCUAAAAUAUAUUUCUGAUGAGAUAAAGCAAAAUAAUUAUGUUAGUGAGAGCUCUUCUGAUGAUGACAUCAUAGAACGUGAUGUGGAAAAACCAUUCGAUUUGUGGCAAGAUCACGAACAAAUUGUACAACAAUCUUCUGGUCGUAGAGGACACCAUAUCAUUAACGUGCCCGCACAUAGUCAACCCGCCGCACGAGAGAGCGUUAUUCGGUAUGCGCCUCCUGUCGCUCCUCAGAUCCAGAUAGCGCCUCAAAUUUUUGUACCGGAUGUCCCGGCUGGCGGUUCGUACGUGUUAACUGAAGAUGAUAUUUGUAUGUUCGCAAUGGAUGCAUAUGAAAUGCAAGACGCCGAUACAGAAUCUUACACUACUGGUUAA